UAAGCACGGAUAGCUUAACUUUAUUUAUCCAUGCGUUAUUUACCCUUUAGGCCUCGUCUACUCGUCUAGGUGUGUAGUAAACGGUAGUAAAAGGUAGUAAAGGUGCGGAAGUAGUAAGCUUAGCAUGAAGUUAUGUGUUUGGUUAGGCCAGUGAACUGAUUUUUCAUGCUUGCUAGAAAUGUUGAGGUCAAUGAAUACGUUGGGAUGUAGUUUAAAAUAUUCGGGUUUACACGCGUUGAAUGAGUUAAGAAUAAAACCCGUAUGUGUACAGAGCGUGAGAUGGAAAAGGAAACCUAGGUGGUUACCAGUAGCAAAAAGUAAGCAAUUUCGUGUUCCAGAGCGACCGAAAUUUGAUGAAGGUGAAACGCUUGAGCUCAGAAGAUUAUACGACCGCUACAGAACGCAUUUACGAGCUGUUAGGAAGUAUUUAAAGCAAGAAUUCAUAGAUUUAUCAGCCAGUAGUUCAGCAGCACUGGAGGGAACUCAAAAUGAAGCAGAAGAGCAUCAGCUGUGUCUAAAGGAAAAUGAGGAAUGGAACAAACAAGUAGCUUUGCUACGAGAACAGCGUCUCUUACAAGAACAGGAGGCUAGAAGGGAGAGCAUUCUUGCUAAGCUAGUUGCUGCUGAGGAACGACAGAAAGAACGUAUGGAGAAAGCAGAGGAGAUGGUUCGAGAGGAAAAGGAGAGAGCUAAAUUUUAUAUCACAGCUGAUAAUAUUGAUAAAGCAAUUGAAGAUGCCCUAGCUAGUCCUGUGGAUCAUAACUAUGCUAUUGACUUGGAAGGACACAUAUAUCGAGGACACAAAACCAAACCCAGUGAUGUUCCCCCAGAUGAAUUAGAGAAGAUCCAAGUUCAGGGAUAAAUUUCAUGAAGCUUCAAAUGGUUUCACUCCACUGCUUCAUCUCAGAUAGUAGAAACUAAAUACACUAUAGGAGGUUCAUAAUGUAAGACCAUUUCAUAGCACGGGCAUAUGAUUAAUAUAUGCAAACAACUUUUAUUGUUUGUCAGUUAAUAUGAUGAAUGUGUCCAUCUGCCAAACUGAUUUUCCUUAUUAAUUUUCCUGUAAUAGGUUGAAGUUUCAGACGGGUCAGAUCCAGUGUACAUUUUUCCGUAUGCUUGUCUCUUCUCUGACUGCCCCUGUGGUCUAGUGGUCAGAAUUCCUGAGAAGUAGUGGGUCUGGAAUGGGGCCCACUCAGCCUCAUGAGGACAAUUGAGGAGGUACUUAAAUGGAAAAGUAACAGCUCCGGUCUAUAAAACGGAAAUGAACGCCCAUGGGGAUUUUGUUGCGUUGACCACGACACCCUCUGUUCACUGAAGUUAGCACUGACUUCGCCAACAAGCAGCAGUUGCUCGGUCAGUAUAGUUCCUUUGCCGACUAAAGUCAAAGUUUGAAAUUGGAGGGAAUAACCACCCUUCAUCGUGGCUCAAAACCCAUGUUAAGCUUAAGCACUCUAGUGGUCAUGUUCCUUAUGUAUCUGUGUUCUGAACUAGCUCAAGAGGGGGCCACUUCCAGUCACCUCAAGCACUCGGCUACUGCUAAGUCUGCUGUGCACCCCAGAUUUCACUAUGGCCCUUUAAGGGAUCCUGUCCUCAAUGCUUAAAGCCAACACCCUUUUGAUGAGGUCCUCCUGAUAUAUGUCAGCUCUAACCAUGCUGAGUGAAAAUCUCCAUUCUACGGCCUAUUAAAGCUGGGCACUGACAGAGUAUGCCAUAGAAGAAUUUCUCUUCCUGCAUAUGGCACGAUCUGAGAGGGCCAUAAUAUGUGGUUGCCAUCUCAGUG